AUGAAGCCCUGCUGGGCCCUCUUAACUCUGGCCAUACUCUGGGUGGAGAUCCAAAAUGGUGAGUAACUUUCUGAUCCUCCAUGUCUCUCCUCCAUGACUUCUUCUUUGUGUGGAGAAUACACUGCGAUUUCCGUUGAUUCCGCUAUAACUGCUUUGCUGUAAUCGAAGAGCAGCCUUUGGGAUUAGAUAAUCCCAUACUUCUGAGUUGACGUUGCCGUUUAGUACGACAGUGACGAGAGUGAGGUGGAGAGGCAUAAUCUGAAUAUAAUUUAACUAAUGGGUAAGAAAGUGACAGCAGUGAUUUUAGAUUUUAGAAAUCAUACAAGGACUGGGGAUAGCAACAUAAUUUUCCCAGACUAGUUUCUGUGGUGUUUGGUCACUCUGGAAAAGACCUGCACAAACAUUACAUAUUUUGUAAAUGUAUUUAUACAGUGAGCUCCAAAAGUAUCGGGACAGUGACACAUUUGUUUGUUUUGGCUCUGUACUCCAGCAAUUUGGAUUUGAAAUGAUACAAUGACUAUGAGUUUAAAGUGCAGACUAUUAAUCUUAAUUUGAGGGUUUUUUCAUCAAUAUCGGGUGAACCGUUUAGAAAUUACAGCACUUUUUGUUACAUAGUCCCCCCAUUUUAGGGGACCAAAAGUAUUGGGACAAAUUCACUUAUAUGCGUAUUAAAGUAGUAAAAUGUUAAGUAUUUGGUCCCAUAUUCAUAGCACACAAUGACUACAUCAAGCUUGUGACUCUACAAAUGUGUUGGAGGCAUUUGCUGUUUGUUUUGGUUGUGUUUCAGAUUAUUUUGUUCCCAAUAGAAAUGAAUGGUAAAUAAUGUGUUGUGUCAUUUUGGAGUCACUUUUAUUGUAAAUAAGAAUAUGUUUCUAAACACUUCUACAUUAAUGUGGAUGCUAGCAUGAUUACUACAGAUAAUCCUGAAUGAAUCAUGAAUAAUGAUGCGUGAGAAAGUUAGACACACAAAUAUCAUACCCCCCCAAAAAAACGCUAACUUUGGGGGUAUGAUAUUUGUGCAUCUAACCUUCUCACUCAUCAUUAUUCACGAUUCAUUCAGGAUUAUCCGUAAUCAUGGUAGCACCCUGCACUUUAAUCUUAUAGUCAUUGUAUCGUUUCAAAUCCAAAGUGCUGGAGUACAGAGCCAAAAAAUAAAAUAAUUGUCACUGUCCCAAUACUGUUGGAGCUCACUGUAUAUUUCUGUGGUAUUUGAUGUGGCUUGCAUGAGUGUUUGCUCAGCAGAACUUUAAGAGCAGCAUUUAGAGUAUGCAAGAGGUGUUAUCAAUUAAUCUGCUUUUCAUUUGAGAGAUCUCUGCUUUCCAAAUGUCCAGUUGAGAGAUCUCUGCUUUCCAAAUGUCCAAUACAGAACAAAUGAAACAAAUAAUGAGCUGAAAUAUCAUCAAAAGUCUGAACUAAUAUGCUGUUCACAAAUCUCUUCUCCUAAAUACACCUGUAAUAUGUUUAGUCUGGAACAUACCCCAUAUCCCCUUAAACUAACCCAAAUAACAGUAUCAACAUAUCCUUAAUUUAUACAAAAUGAUCUAUCAUACUAAAUAGAAUAUACUGCAGACAGAUGGGAGUUGGAGUUGUUGAGCUCUGGACAUGUGGCAGUAAGAAAAACUCCCAUGUUUCCUGUUCUGCAGUUGUUACAGCUGUGUGUUGUAGUAUUGAUUAGCUUUCUAGAUGGGAACACUGCACUGUUCCCUACUACUCUGACUGUCUCUGUCUCUUUUGCUGCGUUCACAUGCUAGUCAGAACUAGGAAACUCGAAAAUGUCAGACUUGCUAACUUCUUGUAGUCACCCACGUGAGCGUGGCAUCUGUGUCUGUCUCUGUGGAGGUGUGUCAUUCCACAGUGGGACUCUGACACGGGCUGUGGACGCGUACUGGGGUGGGUCACUGUUAAUACUGUUCUAACCCCCCUCUCUCCCUCCCUCUGUUGGUUUAGGUGCCUGCCAGCAGGUCAGUCGUAGGAAGGAGGCGGGAGAGAACCUCAUCAGGCCUGGAGGCAAGCAGGCCAAGUUUCGCUACCCCGAACUGAAGGAGAAGGCGGCAGGAGGAAGAGGCCAGUCCAUCCUGACCUAGGUUCUGGAUAAGGAUCGUUUCCUGAGGCUGGGAGAGAGCGUGAGCCUCAGCCGUAGGAACAACAUAGAGCUGCGUUAUAAAGACAGUAACAUCGGCUGGUCCUACCCUACCUACCUGGACACCUUCAAUGACUCCCGACUCAGGUGACCUGAAGGCUACGUUCCAAAUGGCACCCGAUUCCAUAUUUAGUGCACUAAUUUUGACCAGGGCCCAUAAGGCUUUGGUCAAAAGUAGUGCACUAUAUAAGGAAUAGGGUGCCAUUUGGGAUGAAUCCAUUGAUUAACAGAUUACUUGUUCUGUCUCAAAUCACUAUGCCUCCAGCUGAUAGGAAUCUAACUAUGAUCAAUAAUGUUAAUGUUUCCCGUCUGUUUCAAUCCCACCACAGGGAUGUACAGCUGCUGGGUCACACUUUGUGACGGAUCGGAGUGUCUCAAAGACCCCGACCGCACCUCCAGGACUUCCAACUACUUCACAGGUGAGCAGGGUGCCUCUACUACUGUAAACCUAUUUAUACUUCAUCAACCUAACACAGAACAUAUUAUUUAAAUCGCCUCCAUUCAGACUAAUCCCCUUUUAUUGUAUAUUCAAAUUCUUGACUUCAAAUCAUCUCUACCCUCAUACCCCUUCCCCUCCAAUCAGACAAGGAUGAUGUCUUCGUCCCCUCCGCCAUCCACUUUGAGAUUGUCUACCUGCAUCCGGACAGGACUGCUGUUAUCCCAUGUCGUGUGACCAGUCCGCUGGACAAGGUGUCCCUGCACAGAGAGGUCCCCCCAGAGUAG